AAAUUAUUCUAAUUAUAAACUUAAAGCAAAUUAUAGAUAGAAAAGCUAUACAUUUUAUCACCUGCAAAAUAUACAACACAAAGAAAUUUACGUAUUUGUGUUACUACCGGGAAUUUUUUCUUGGCUGUCGAUACACUUUAAACAUGCACUUAAAAAACAUGUGCACGUAACGAUUCAGCCUUUAAUUAUUUCAAUUCGAUAAAAUUUUACGUAUAUAACAUAUACAUUGCAACGUUAGUAACCAUUCUCACAAUCAGUCUCUUGUUUUAACUCUAUUAUAGUCACUCAGUCUCCGUAAACAUUUUGUGCUAAAAUAAAAUGGUAAAUGUUUAGCCAAUAGAAGUUUUACAUAUAGAAAGUGACCAUUUAAACCCGUGGACAUAGCACAGAAUAGAACCGCACGCUGUGGACGAGCGACAUGUCGCUCGUGGACUGGCUGCGUAGUUCCAAUGUGUACCACUCGUGGACAUGCGUUAGUUUACGGGGCGGAAAAGUGAUUGCACAUUCUCUUAUGGACCUGGCCGCUCUCAGGCUUCUCUUUGUCGGUACUGCAAUGAAUAUUGGAACGCAGUCUCGUUCUGCUGAAUUGAAGAACUUGCGCACAAUGCGGUUCCAACAUAAAUUUACAUAGUUACCACAAUUGUGUCAUAAGUUUUUUCUUUUCCGUUGGAGAUCAUGUCUUUGAAUGAAAAAACAAAUAUUGUAAUUGAAGAGUAUAAAGAAAAAAACCAUAGAAAGAACGUUCGCAAACAGAAACGCGCUCAUCACAGACUGAUCAGAGAUAUGAACAUCAAGUGCGCUGAUGAACCUACACAGCAUUUAAUGAUCUGCAACGGCGGCUUGGUGACGGGUAUGAAAAGAGAAACGUUGCAAUAUGUACUGGAUGCAUUAAUUACCAAGUAUGUUCUAAUAAUGCCAAUAAACAAGUCGUAUUGUUUUGUAACAUGUAAUUCAAAAAAGGAUGCGAUAUGCGUAUAUAAUUACGUUCACGGACGUAUGAAACUUCCAGGCCAAAAUGGGCCGCUAUACAUGUGCUAUACUGAAACAGUUCCUAUCACAGAUGACAACACAUCUAAUUCUGAAUUUCCACCUGGUCUUAAGUUACUAGAGAAUUUCAUAACAGAAGAACAAGAAAAACAUCUGUUAAGAACAAUUAAUUGGGAAGAUUAUGAAUCUGCCUCGUCGCAACUGAAACACAGGCAAGUAAAACAUUUUGGAUACGAGUUCGAAUACAGUACAAAUAUGGUAGAUCCUGACAAGCCUAUCGCACCAAUUCCUGAGGAAUAUAAAUUCUUGCAAGAUCUGUUUGACGAACAUAAUCAAGACCACACGUACGACCAGCUGACCAUUAACAAGUACUUGCCCGGACAAGGCAUACCGCCACACAUUGAUACGCACAGUGUCUUCGAAGACACAAUACUGUCCUUGUCACUCGGCUCCGCGUGCAUUAUGAACUUCAAAAAGGAAGAUCGGAAGAUCGAUGUGUUCUUACCCGCCAGAUCGUUGUUGAUCAUGUCGGAAGAGGCGAGAUACGCGUGGACACACGGUAUCUGUCCUCGUUACAACGAUGUGAUCGAGACAGACGAGGGAACUACGACGCGGGAACGUGGAACCAGAGUGUCGUUUACUUUUAGAAAAGUGCGACGAGGUAAAUGCUGUUGCGAUUUCAGAGAAUAUUGUGAUUCUUCAAUACAUGACUCAGCUACUAUGUUCAUCGAUUCCAAGGCCGCAUCCGGACUAGAGGAUUCCUAUGUACACAAGGUUUAUGAGGAAAUAUCUAAUCACUUCAGUGAGACGCGACACAAACAGUGGCCUAAUGUAACCAAAUUUCUUGAAAGUCUCGAAGAAGGCACAUUGCUGCUAGAUGUGGGCUGUGGAAAUGGCAAAUAUCUUUGCGGAAAUCAGAAUACGUACAAAGUGGGAUGCGAUUACAGUUUCGGAUUGACGAGUAUAUGUCGCAAGCGGAAUUUCGAGGUUCUCCAGUGCGAUUGUCUGUAUCUACCGUAUAAAGACAAUUCUUUCGACGCGACAAUUAGCAUCGCGGUGAUUCAUCACCUGUCAACUCGAGAGCGAAGACGUCGCGCUAUUUUCGAAAUGAUCAGAGUGCUCAGGCCAAUGGGAAGAUGUUUGAUCUACGCGUGGGCGAAGGAGCAACGCAAAGACUCGGCAGAUUCGUUCUACCUCAAGUACAGCAAAAAGAACAGGGGCGAGGACGGGAUCAGUUUGAGCGAGAUCAGCGAAAGAAUUUCCGAUUGUCAAGUAACGCUGCCGGUUCACGAAAACAGAACGAACUUUGCUCACAGCGAUAUGCUGGUUCCUUGGAAGAAAAAGGACGGCGAACGUUUUCUUCGUUAUUAUCACGUCUUUCAGGAGGGCGAACUGGCAAAACUGUGUGCAGAAGUGCCCGCGGUCACGAUCAAGGAGAUCUAUUACGAUCAGGGUAAUUGGUGCGCGAUCUUAGAAAAAUGUACAGAAAACUCGUGAAAAGAAAUUAAAUUUCCUUAAUCAAUCCAAGUGUGUGAAAUCUCCAAAUUUAUUUCAUUAUUUAUUUAACUGUUACCUCCUCUCUU